AUGUUCCGCGCUCGGCCAAAGCAUAUCCGUCCGUCUGAAGUCUCGGCCAAAGUUCAAAUCGGCCGAUCACGCAACACGACCCGGGAAACAUUGUCCCGCGGUCGGCCAAGCCAAACCUCGCCACGCCGCGCACGACCAUGCCGCGCGAGCCGGGAACAAGCCUCGCGGCCGCGCAACCCGUUCGCGUACCACGGCCGAUGCAUCCGUCCGAGCCGGGAAAGAACGUCCCACGUCCGGCCGAGAAACCAUCGGCCAAAUCUUCAUCCGCCGACCAGCCGGCCGACCGUGAAUCCAUCCGGCCCCGACCGUUCCGACUCGGCCACAACCCGACUGUCCGGCCGAUCGUCCCGACGACCGUCCGAACGCCGCGGUCGACCCGAAGCCGUUUUUGAAGCCCAAUCCGCACAAUUCAAGCCCAAAGCCGGCGCCGACCUAGCUAGAUUAGGUUUAGCCGUCUUCUUAUACUUAGAGCAUUAUAAAUACUUCUUUUUAGCCUUGUAA